CGCCGCGGCGUGCGCGUCGCUGCGCGUGUCCCCCGUCUUCGAGGCCAUGAAGACGCACCCCCAGGACUGGGCGAACCCGGGCCGCGUGCGGGUGAACCUGCGGGACCCCGCCAACCCCUACGCCCGCCAGGUCAAGAACAAGCACCACCUGUACGUGCUCGUCGCCGAGCACCUGCGCCAGAACCCCACCGGCGAGCAGUCCGCCGGCCUGCGCACCGUCCGCAUCCCCGGCCUGCCCGGGCACCCCAAGCCCGACGAGAAGUGGCCCAAGCCCGCCGUGCCCAAGUCGUGGAAGAUCAACGAGUACGUGCCUGCGUACAGCAGCGCCAUGACGGGAGGAGGAGUCAGCGAGAAUGCGCUGGGGGACAUGAUGCGGGAGAUGGGCGGCAUGGGCGGCGCGCCCGGAGGAGCCCCGGGUGGCAUGCCCGGCAUGGCGGAUAUGAUGAGCAUGUUCGGAGGUAUGGGUGGUGCCGGCCCGAGCGGAGGUGCUGGUCAGCUGGAGCAGGGCGGCAAGAAGGACAAGAAGAAGGGGAAGAAAUAAGCCUCCUUGCCGGUCGUCUGACAGCAGGCAAGCUUCUUUGCCGGUACGGCCCUGGGUCUAAAGAAGAUGGACGAAGUCAGUCAGGUGUGGGUUGAGAUACGCGACUUGAGGUUGCUUUUUCUUUGGGAUCAUGAUACCACAACCUUCGGAGACGAGGUCAAGAAGAAUUCCAAAGAGCAUACCGCGCACCCAAAGGAUUUAGCUCAGUUUACACAAUAAAAAAACGGCACAUUUGAUGCUCAA